UUCUUCUUCAUAGCCGUUGGAGUAAUCCUCUUUCGAAAACAGUCGGGCAAGAAGAUGAGGGACCAAACCUCUGGCUUGCGAUUUAACGACUCCUCUUGUUGCUUGAAGCGGAAAAGACCUCCCAAGAUUGAGAUCCCUAACGUCUUACGAGAGAUUCAAGCCGGAAAACUUGAAGCCACCACUCCCCGAACCGAUUCCCUCUCCUCCGCUGACUUUGCGGAUCAUGUGGGGGUUUUCUCCGUCAAGGGCAAGAAGAGGUUCAUGGAAGACACUCACAGGAUCAUUUCUUGCAUGAAAGGCCACUUCAAUGAUGCCUUUUUUGGCGUUUAUGAUGGCCAUGGAGGCAGGAAGGCAGCCAAAUUUGUUGCACAAAAUUUGCACAAGAACAUACUUCAAGUGGUGGCCAAUUGCACGGAAUCUGCACAGAAGGAGGAAGCAAUUAAAGCUGCUUUCUUGAAAACGGACGGGGACUUCUUGAAUCUGGGUUUAGGCAGUGGUGUCUGCUGUGUCACAGCUCUGAUACAAGGAGAAGAACUUGUUGUUUCCAAUUUGGGAGAUUGUAGGGCUGUUCUUUCUAGAGGAGGAGUAGCUGAAGCAGUCACAAAAGACCAUAGAGUUGAACAGGAGGAUGAAAGGAAACGAAUAGAGAACAAGGGUGGAUACGUUGAGAUUCACAGGGGGGCAUGGAGAGUUCAUGGAGUUCUUUCUGUUUCUAGAAGCAUUGGAGAUGCUCAUUUGAAGGACUGGGUACUGGCAGAGCCUGAUUCAAAGGUCCUACUUCUUAGUGAAGACAUGGAAUUUCUUGUUCUAGCCACUGAUGGAUUAUGGGAAAAGGUUGGGAACCAAGAGACCGUUGAUGUCGUGACACGACUGAGGUUGAUGGAUAAAAGUUUUGGGCUACCAAAAUGUUCCUUGAGAAGCACUAGCCAUGCCCAUUGCUCUGUGAACCUAAGUCCAUCAAAACUGCGGAGAGUUUCUUUGGUCACGCAACCGAAAGGAGGGGGGAUGGACCAAUCUCCAAUCUGUGACAAGGCAAUGGAUAGCUCUGAAGAAGCUGAAUAUGACUAUUCUUGUGAAACUGAAAGUCCUAGAACAAAAUCAAGGAGAAUAUCAUUGGUCAGACAUAAAAAGAUGAAGACAGAAUCUUCACCUAAGGAGAAUAAUGAUAGCUAUAGGAAGAGACCCACUUCCAGUAGACUUGUGGCUGCUUGUAAGGAACUUGUAGAUCUAGCUCUAAGUAGAGGUAGCCUGGAUGACAUUACCGUAAUAAUUGUCGACUUAAGCCACUUUAGGUGCGAGACCAUGCAUGACUCCAUCGGAAUUCCUGCUUGCUUCUCAUUUGGGGAGAGGCCAAGUAAUGAUCCAGCUUCAGUAAUCAGGCCAGGUCAGAGUGUGUUUAUGUCAGUAUAUCAAACAAAGAUCGUUGGUCAGUGUCGUCUCAUCACAGUCACUUGGUGUAAGAAUCUGUUACUUCAUGGUCUUUCCAUCUGUGUUCAAGGACCAGAAGGAAACCAGCAAUAUCAGUGUAAGGUUGAGAUGAAGCCAUGGUACUUCUGGAGAAAACAAGGUUCUAAGCACUUUGAAGUCGAUGGUCGAGCUGUGGAUGUAUUCUGGGACCUCAAGAGUGCAAAAUUCAAUGGAGAGACAGAGCCACAGUCGGAUUACUACGUGGCCGUUGUGUGUGAAGAAGAAGUUGUUUUACUUAUUGGGGAUCUCAAGAAAGAUGCCUUCAGAAAGACAGGUUGUCGGCCAGCUUUGAUUGAACCCACUCUAGUUUCAAAGAAGGAACAUGUAUUUGGGAAGAAAAUGUUCUCCACCAGAAUCCAGUUCCAUGAGAAAGGCAAGUUCCACACCAUCUCAAUUGAGUUCAUCAACAUCAAUAAUCCCAGUUUUUCUGAUUCAUUCGAUCCAGAACUGGAGAUGAGGAUCGACGGGCAACCAGCAAUCAAAAUUAAGCACCUUCACUGGAAGUUCAGAGGCAAUGAAUCUGUAUUAAUCAGCAGAACAAGACUAGAAGUUUACUGGGAUGUCCAUGAUUGGCUGUUUGGUUCAGGUUCCAGGUACGGGCUAUUCAUAUUCAGGCCAAUGUCAUCAUGGUCUGAAUCUCCAUCGUCAUCACUUGCAUCAACGACAUCGCUACCUGCUCCAUCCUCUUCUUUAACACCAACAGGAAUGUCCAUUAGAGAAGUGAUUUCUACUUCUGGGGAGGAUGAAAAUGCAGCGGCAGGAGUGUCAUCCAAAUUCUGCUUAUUUCUGUAUGCUUGGAAGAUGGAAUGAAGAAUGGUUAAUGGAAAUGGAAAUAUUUGGUGAAAACAAAACUGGGUUCUGCAACCUCUUACAGAUUGAGAUUGAGGAUUGAUGAAUUAGAUUUAGUUCCCAAUUCCCCAGAAAGAAUACAAGAGAGA